AUGCUGGAGAAUCUGCAGGCUGUUCCGGCAACGGAAUCCGCCCCAGUCGUGAAGCGCUAUGCUCCUCCGAACCAGAGGAACCGUUCUGCCAACAGGCGCAAAUCAUCUGAUCGACUUGAUCGGACAAACAGUGUUGGGAAUGAGUUAGAAAAGAAUCAAGUUGCAUCUUCAAGAAAUGUUCCCAUUCCUGAUCACGGAGAAGCUGGUAGCAGUAAUCUUCUUAAUGAGAAUCAUUAUUCAAGAUUUGUAGCUUUAGAAGGUUGUAGUUCAAGUGCAGCUUCCCAGCUUCUUAAUGAUCGUUGGACAGCUGCAAUGCAGUCCUACAAUAGUAUCAAAGAUUCUUCUGAGAAGCCAGUUAUGUAUUCAAGUGGGGCGUCAGCAUGGACUCAUCAGCAGUUCAGACCUCCUCAGCAGCUGGACUUCCUGGGAGAACUUCGUCGCCAAAUGCACAAUGCUAAUCCUAGUUUCACCUCAUGA